GACAAAAUUAAUACGAGGUGACCAUUGGGGUCCUUUAUUUCCAAAUCCACAUUCAUCGACAUUUAAUGAUGUGAUAAAUUUAAUUCAAGUAAAUGUAGGUAAUCUAGUUAGAUUAGCUCAUAUUGCAGCUGGACCAAUACCACCAUCAAAGAAUUAUGAAUUUCUGCAAUAG